AAAUGAAAUAUUUAUGAAGGAUAGAGAGAGUACAAAAUAGCUCAGCCCAGCCCAGUCCAGCCCAAAAGAGAAAUAAAACUGAGACUAUUUUGCUACGGCGGCGCCGCCGCUUCAGAAACCCUCAAUUUAGAAGCUUUCAAUCCGUCCAUUUUGCAGGCGAGUCGUUUAUCAUUUCCCAAUACAAGUUCUAUUUCUAUCAAACAUGAUUGCAAUUGCACGCAGGAAUCUCUCCUGUUUAUUUGCAAACCCUAAUUCAUUUCUCUGCAACUCCAAUGCUCAUUUCUUCCCGUCAAUCCAUUUCUUCUCCACUUGGAGGGUGGAAAACCCUAACCCUGAAAUCCACGAUCUAUUGCUCAACAAAUACCAAUUUCAUCCUGUUUUAGCUUCACUAGCUUCAUCGGGUUUACCUAAAUCUAGUUGCCCCAUAAGAGCUGAUUCAGUAGUGUCAUUCCUCAAAGAGAAUGGUUUUACGGCUACUCAGCUGCAGAAAGUCGUCGCAUAUUUUGAUUAUCGAGUUCUAGGGUUUACUAUUGAGACCAUGAAUUUCAAAUUCAAUGUAUUCCGAAAUUUAGGCCUUUGCCCCAAGGGGAUUGCCAAGAUAAUAUCCGAAAAUCCGGUUAUUUUACAUUCAAAUUAUGAGAAAAGGAUCAUUCCCAGACUAUCGACGCUAAAGCGCUUGCUGGGAUCCGAUCAUGAUGUGGCCAGACUUUUGAAACGACGCAGCCAUUUUCUGUUAAUCAAUUUGGAGGAAACCUUAUUGCCAAAUAUGGAAAUCUUGAAGAGCUAUAGCAUUCCAAUGGAGCUUAUCCGUCUUCAUUUACUCCAACUUCGCCCGAGAUUUUUCUUGCUCGAUCCGGAUACUGUGCGGAGAUCUGUAGUCUGGACCAUAGAAUUUGGGAUCCCUCAUACUUCAGCUGUUUUUAUCCAAGCUGCGAAUCUUUUUACUCAUACGAGUGAAGAGAUGUGGGAAGUCAAGGCGCAAACUCUCCGCGAUUUGGGAUUUUCUGAUGAUGAUAUACUCACAAUAUUUAAGAAGCAACCAUCAGUUUUUUCACAAUCUGAGGAGAAAAUGAAGAAUGUCACAGAGCAUCUGCUUGCUACCGGUAGGUACAAGAUAUCGAGCAUUGUCACUUGUCCAGUAGCACUCCAGUGUAGUGUGAAGAAGACGCUUGAGCCGCGUCUGCAAAUACUUCGACUUUUGGAAAGUAUGAGUCUGAUUGAAAAGUGGCCAUCUCUUUCCGCAGUUGCUAGAUUACAAGAGGUUAGAUUCUUUGACAGAUUCGUUAAGCCUUAUUGUGAUGAGAUUGGCGAAAGAACACAUCACAACGAUGUAUGUCGAGGACUGAAAGAGGCGAAGCUUUGUAAGCAACGAUCUUCGUCUUUUGCAAUCGGAAGCUCAAGGUUUUGCUCCCUGUCUUGCUGUGAGUUUGAAAGCAUAGUGUGAUGAUGCGGCGUCGGAGGGCUGGUGAAGUUGGGGAAGGCCUUGAGCUAGCUAAAGAAGCCAUGGUGAUUCAAAUGGAUUGUUAGAGUUUAUAUUCUAAACUUUCUUGUAUUGGAUGCAUUUCGAAGCAAUUGCAUUAGAGUUGGAGGUGACUGGCAAUAUUGAGUAUAUGAAUUUUUAGUAGAUCAGUAGGCGAAAUAUGCUGUUGUGAAUCUUUGUGGCCUUUGCCAGUGUUUCUCAAUUAAUCAUCUCAUUAAUGGAACUUACCUUCUAUUUCUCAA